AAUCAAUUACGCCGGACACGUGAUUUUCUGAGGAGGUUGCUACAUGGCUUUGUUCAAGAUUCGGUGCUGUUUGCUUCUUCUAAUUGUUUUGUCGAGUUUGGUGACUACCGGCAACAGCUGGAGGCGACGGAGAAGAAGAGGAUGCAGUGCGGUCAACUGCCUGGUGGGAAAUUGGAAUUCUUGGGGAAGUUGCUCUGCAGCAUGUGGGACGACAGGAAUACAAACACGAUACAGGAGCAAGACCAGAACCGAGAGUUGUGGAGGAUCGUGCACCUUCACUUUUUCGAACACUAGGAGCUGCAAUGGACCGUGUUGCCGAAAAGAUUGCAUCAUGAACAUGUGGGGAUCUUGGUCAAGCUGUAGUGGCUGUGGAUCAUCGUGCACACAGUAUCGAUAUCGCAGUAUAUCAAGGUAUCCUUCUUGUGGAGGAUCCAGCUGCCCUUCUUCUACUAAAACGCAACGUAAUUGCACACCUUGUCCGUGUUGUCCUGUAAACUGCAUUGUAAACAGUUGGGGAACAUGGUUAUCUUGCAAUGCUCCUUGCGGUGGAUCAGGAGUAAAAUGGCGAUACAGAACUAUCAGUCGGUUCUUGGAGCAAUUGGAGCGUUUGUUCAUCUACCUGCGGGAGUGGCUUACAGUUUCUUCUUGGUCGGCUUAUUCAUCUUGUACUAAUACUUGCGGCUUGGGCACACAGACAAGAACGAGAACAAUUACGACGUCACCUUUGUGUGGGAGAACAUGUCCGGCUCUCUCUCAAACAACGUCUUGUACUGUUUACGCAAAUAAGAAUUGCCAGGUGGACGGAUGGAGUAGCUGGAGCAGCUGCUCUAUGAAAUGCUCGACGGGAUUGCAGCAACGGAAUCGCACCAUCACACAACAGCAAGUCUGCAAGGGCAACAGUUGUCCUUCUUUGGUUGACACUAAAUCGUGCGGUUCGCCAAACGGGGGAUGUCAACAUAACUGCAAUGAUGGUGUUUGUUCUUGCAAUACCGGCUACCUUCUCGGCAGCGACGGUACAAGUUGCAAUCCGCGCGUUUGCGGUACUCCGUCAAUCGCACACUGUCCGAGUGGUACGACAUACGGGACAACGUGCAGAUACCCGACUUUCAGUUGCACCGGUACGACAUAUCUACACACUUGCAGCAUAACGUGUCCAUCCGGGUAUGCCGUCAAGAACGCACCAUCGGCAAUGAAAUGUUUAUCAUCGGGCGUAUGGACAACUUACAGCACGACAUACUGCAGAAGAAUUAACGAUCCUCCAACUAAGGUCUCUUUGUCUAAUUCCGUGGUAAACGAGAAUGCUGCUAGUGGAACGGUGGUCGGGACGUUGUCUACGACAGAUCCUAACGUCGGUGACAGUCACACGUACGCUUUACUCGACAGCGCAGGCGCAAAGUUUACUUUGACCGACACGUCAUUGAAAAUUGCUUUCAGUCCAAACUACGAGACGCAACAACGAACAUACGUUGUUGAAGUUCGCAGUACAGACAAGAAAGGCUUGUAUCACAACGAGAAGUUCACUAUUUCAAUCACAGAUGUCAACGAGAAACCAACCAACAUUCAAAUAUCUAACAAUGACGUAAACGAGAACUCUCCGGUCGAGACUGUCGUUGGCAAAUUGAACACAAACGAUCCUGACAACUCUCAAAGCUCGCGUCAGUCGUUCAAAUACGCGUUGCUCGACACGGCAGGCGGACGAUUCAAAGUGGUUGGCGACACGAUCAAGGUAGCGGUGGACAAUACUAAUUGUAUUGCAUUUGGUGGUUUGUCUUGCCUGCUCAACUAUGAAGCUCAAAGACAACAUGAUAUCGUUGUCAGGGCGACAGACAGUGGCGUUCCAUCUCUUUCAGUUGAUAUCAAACUUUCUAUCUUUGUCAAUGAUAUCAACGAUCAACCACGUGAUCUCGAUCUGUCCGAUAACAAAGUAGUAGAGAACUACCCUAUCGAUACUGUCAUUGGUAUUCUGUCGUCGACAGACGAGGACGACGGUCAGCGCUUAUCGUAUUCACUGGCUGAUGACGACAACGGGCGAUUCAAAGUUGUGGCAAAUGAACUCAAGGUAGCAAAAGUGGUCAACUACGAAAUGGCAACGGCUCAUUCCAUUGUUGUGGAAAGUCAGGACAACGGCACGACACCUCUUAAGGUAUAUCUCAAAUAG